GGAUCACGGUUGUGUGUGCGGCCUCAGCCAUGGACGCGGGCAGGUUGGAGCAGCAGGUGGCCAGCGUGGAGCGGGGCAUCGCCUUCCUGAAGCAGGAGCACCUGGCCAUGCUGACCGGCCUGCAGCUGGAGAUCACGCACCUGAAGAGGCGCUGUCACGAGCUGAGCUGUGAGCUGGACUCCAGGUUUCCUGACAGAAACACAGCAGAGGAGGAAGCGGAGCUGGCGGCCCGCUGCGAGGCUGCAGAGCGCCUCCUGGAGGACCAGCACUGCAUGAUGCUCGCCGCUCGCGGGGAGCUGCGCGCCGGGCGCGCGCGGGCGUCCGCGCUGGGGAGGAACCUCCGGGAAGAAGAGCGCCACUUCCUGGAGGAGCUGAAGCGGCGCAGCCACAAGAUCACGCUGCUGAGCCGCGAGCUGCAGCGCCAGAACGUCACCACCACCAGCCUCUGCCACGAGCUGCACGCCGCCCGCCUAAAACUCUUCCGGCAGAGGCAGAGGAGGGACUCGGCCGCUGAGACGGCGAAGGGAGCCGGGGCGGAGGCGGAGGAGGGCGGGGAUGUGGAGGAGGAGGGAGACGACGAGGAGGACGACGGCGAGGGUUCGAACUGGCUCCUGUCUCCGCCGCCUCCUCCCCCCGCCGGCCACUCAGGGAUGAGGCACAGGAGGCGUCUCAGCGUGCGGGAGGAGCGGGUCCGGGCCUGCAUCCCCCAGGAGAGGGUGACGUCGCCGCAGAGGCCGCACCCCAUGCCCGACCCCGCCCUCUUCCUCGUGCCGCUCAGAUACCGCCUCCUCCGCCUCGGCCAGCCCGUCCCGAGCCCGAGCGACGACGGGCUGGAGGACGAGUGGGAGGACAUCGACGACGGCAGGGUGCACAGGAGGGUGGACAUGGGGGCGGGAGAGGGAGAAACCGCCCUGUGACGCAGGCGGAGGGGGGGCGGCGUUGUCUUCCAGCGGCUCUCGGCCAACAUCUGAUGCAGUUAUCCGAGGAGAAAGUUCAGAUGGGAGAGAUGUAGCCUUGUGAUUGUCUGUAGUUUGCAGGAAGUGAGUUAGAUAUUUAGAGUUAGUUGCACAAGAGUGCGUGAGUCAACCUAUACAUCAAGUAACGUACUGUGAGAGAAACUGAAGAAAUGGGCCUAUAAAAGAGACUGCUGACUGCCUUUUAAUUGUAACACUGUUGAUCACAGUUUUUGCCUAUAUUUAGUAGCCUGGUUCCAUGAACACGUAACACCCUGUCGUUCAAAGUGGCCAUCUGCUGUUUCACUGCACUAGCCAUACUCCAGGUUCAGAGAGUCACUCCAGAAGGCUUAGGGACAUUUUGUAUGAUUUGCACUUUAUUAAACUCAUGCAAUGUGCCUGAUAUCGGCAAAACGG